UAGGAAAUAAUGAUGACAUUUGGGACGCAGCAUCUUGUUAUUUUUUCGUCUGUUUUAAGAGCCCGUUCCUCUUUUUUUUUAAAUCAAUGCAGACGUAAUGUGCUGCUGGAAGUUCGGAAAGGAAGGGAAACUCGUGAACACUCUCCCUUUCUUGGGGUACGUCAGCCAGUUAUCUGUUCAAACAAUCAUGUCUUCUGCUUCAUGUGCCUGCAGUCUUGGCUGAAAAACAGCACCCAAUGUCCAACCUGUAGAAUUCCAAUCACAUCUGAAAAUCCUUUCAAGGAAGUACUUGGUGGGACAGAUGGAACCGAAAAUUCUGACAGUCCAUCUGUCAAACGACACCUUCGAAAAACUAGGCUGGAGCUGUUACAUAAAGAAUAUGAGGAGGAAAUUGAAUCCUUGCAGAAAGAAAUUGAAGAUCUUCGUGGCAAAAACCUGAGUCUGGAAUCGCAGCUGAAAACUGUCUUUGAUCCAAUGACGGUGUCAUCUUCUGGCAAAACUGAUAACCAGAAGCAUAGCACAACUGAACAGGACGACGUACCUGACUUGGUCAGCCAGCAAGAAUGGAGAGCCAAAUUAAAAGCAGCUACAGAAAUCUACGAGAAAACAAAAGCUGAUUUGGAUAAACUUAAAGAAGCAAACUGCAAGCUUCGUGUUCAAAAUGGUGAUCUUGUGAGAGAGAAUUUGCAUCUGAAGGCUGAGGUUGAUAGUAGAUCUCCACAAAAAUUUGGGAGGUUCACAGUGGCUGCCCUUCAGUCGAAGGUGGAACAGUACGAACGUGAGAUGAAUCGUCUAAAAAGGGCAUUGGAACGGAGUGACAAGUACAUAGAAGAUAUGGAGUUCCAGAUUGAACAACUGAAGGGAAAGAGGGAGGAAAAAGAGAACAAAGAUGGGAAAUUCAGUCCGGUUUUGCCACCUGCUUCUCUACAGGAUGGAGAAAAUGGAAGCAGCGAACAAUUAUGGAAACAUUGUAAUGACCUCAAGGAGAACAGGAUAGUAGCCAUGAGGAGAAGCCUCAGUAAUAUUAAGCAGCCGUUAGUCAACCAGUUAGAUGGUGCAGUAUCAACCUCUUUUAACUUCUCUCAUCAGCAAAAUUUACGUGGAACAGUGUCUGAUUCGGUGCCAGUAAGCCAGGCCCUUGCUGAUAAUGGACUUCUAACAACAGCUGAUGUUGAGAACGAUGCUUUGCAUUUGUUCCAGAAGACUGAGGAGAAGGAAGGUGGACGCACUCGACCUGCGGAUGAAAGUGAGAUACAAUUUGAACUCCCUAGUCCUUGUACUCCAUCCACAUCACUUGGUGCUCUCCACCUACAGAGCACAGAUGAUGAAGUAAGUCCCCUGAUGAAAAAAAGAACUCGAAGAAAGAAGCUGACCCACUUCAGAAAACUUUGUUUUGAUGGUGCUGGUUGGAGAAACAUGUGUUCUGCAGUGCAAAAUGUUGAUUGCAAUAGUAAGCAGAAUGCAGAAUUCACCUCCUCCAAUAGCCUGAUAUUUUGGGAUUCUUGUCAACCUAACCCGACUGAAAGUGCCCUUAAAAGCACUCUAAAGAAAAACCUGCAGACUUCUCAAGUUGAAGAUCCCCUGGUCAAAUUAGAGGCCAAAAGGCCAAACUUGAUCAGUAGCCCAGUUACUGAAGGUCCUUGUUUCCCUGAGUGCGGCACUGUACGUUCAAGAACAUCCAGUGAGACCUCAAUGGAUGCAGCCUACCGAGAAAAGAUAUCUGAGCUGGACUUCAUGUUAGAUGAGACUGAGAACCUUAGAAACCCUCAGUGCUGUCUGAUAUCCGAAGACCUUUCUGACCUUGACAUGUCUUUGACAGCGGAUCUAGCGCAGUGCACCGAACUUUUGAAUGAAGCUGAAAAAAGAUUAGAGCAGAAAAUGCGUCAAAACCAGCCGCAUGCUUCUACCUCAGAUACCAGGGAUAUGAUUGCAAAUAACGAUGAGCGAAGUGUGGUUUCCAAGCCCAUAGUGCCUCCUGUUGCUUUAAACAUAAAAGAAUCAUUAUCUUCAGAAGAGAAAACUUCUUUCCAGGGUAGCUUUAGUUCCCCUUUUCUUUCAGUAAGUUCUGAACUAUCUGGCCUCCAGCAUAAGAAACCAUCUUUGUGGAACAGCUGUUUAGUACCUGAAAAUGAAAAAAUGCUGGAAGCAACCAACAGAUGCCAGACUAGUAAACGAAAGCCACAGUGUUAUGGUGAAGAGUUAUCCAGUCCCUCUAAGUCAUCAAAAAAUGAUUUCUGAUUUGAAACCUUUAUUGUAGUUAGAAAUUUUUCCUCUGUGGAAUUUUGAAGCCAUCUGAUCACCUUCAUAAUUUUCCUCCUUUGUUAUGAGUGCCAUCUUAUGAAGUAUUAUUUAGCCAGCACAGUUAAUUAUGCAGCCGAACAAAACCCAGUGGAUACAGGUUUUUUGCUUCUGCGUUCAACAGCCUAUAAUUUGCCUCUCAUUAAAUGCGCAGAAAAUCACGUUCCUGGGGAGUGCAGAAGCAAAAUGUUUGGUCUAGUGUGUCAAACACAAUUUAACUAUUAAGCAACACACAUUCCUGAGACUUGACUUUGUUUCUGAUACCAUAUUUAUCCAGCAGUAGAUCUUUUCCAUUAUUAGGGUGCCAAUAAGCAAGGAGAACUGUUUAGUUUAAAACUGGAGUACAAAUUUACUUAAAUGGCUAAUGAAACUAGAAGGUCGUUGCAGUGAAGGCAAGUGAAGAAGAACAAAUGCAGUAGCGAAAGCUUAGAUGGUAUAUGUCGAAAAUAGUUGAGAAAAUGUAGUUGAGCUCCAGUUUAUAAAGGUGGGAUAUUUGUGCUUUUGCACACUGCAGCUGAAAUUUAAAUGAUGAUCAAAUACUAAAGAACUGGGAGAGAAAUGAGCACAUUGAUAAAAUUCUUGUGCUCAUUCAUUUUGUAUUCAAGUCACUAGUGGAGUUGGAAAACUGCCAACAGUAUAUCUUCAAGUUGGCAGCUAAAAGUUACAAUUUUAAAUCUGGUAAAUUUUAUUAUUAAAAAAAUUCCUUUGUGGGUCAAUCAACUCUUUUGAAUGUAACACCCAACUGAGUUUGUUCUGAUUCCAAGAGCGUAAAGAAUGUGAUGAUGCUUAAUCUACCCAUCACAUCUGACCAAUGCUUUAGAGAGUAUGAUUCUUUAAAAAGCAGUAAUGGUUUGGAACACUUUGCUAAAUGGAGAAUGGCCCACUGAUGCAAUAAUGCUGCAGACAUCCUUUUGUAUGCAGUUUUGAGCUUAAUCGUGAAUGAACUUAAAAUGCUAACAUCUGUUGAUUCAAUCAACUUUUCAAAGGGCUUAUUGGAAAGGGUGCUCACGGAACAAAGGGCUUUACUUUGAGUAAUGUGACUUUGAGGUUGCUUCACCCAUCAGUCAGCUGACAUGAAGUGGUGUUGGUAACUGUUAAGGGCACCCGAAACCCACCUGCUAAUGGUAGCUGCAUGAAUUGUGUACCCUAAGGGAAGGAAGGGGAGAGUAUAAUUUACUCUUUGUGCAAAACUCUGUGCUUAGAGAUUCUGGAAUAUAAGGAGUCUAUUUUAAUUUAUUUUUAUAAAGUAGAUUCUUCCGGUAGAGCAAUGAAUAAAGAUGUGAUCUGCUAAAUUCCCUUUUCCCCAAUGAAAUCAGAAUGAAUGUGUUGCUAUGCAGUCUGGGUUUUACUUUUUGGUUGAUCGUUUAAAGCAUCAUGUGAAAAUAUUUAAGAAAAAAACUUAAGAUGUUUAUUUGUGAUUUGUUGUCUUGUGCUUGAGAAAUGUAUUUUUGUAGACAUAAUGUUUGUUAUUUCCUGUGCAUGUCAUUUCCUGUACAUGUCUUCAACAGUAGAUGAAAAGUGAGGGAAAAAUUCCAUUUUCAACUGUGACAUGCUGUUCAUCCAAUAAAGGUCUUCAAACAUGUCA